GAACAUUCAACAACUGCUGAAUGGCAAGCUCAAACAUUUAUUAAUUGCUCAAGAGUCAACCCAAUGUCUGGGAUAUCUGAAGUGAAAAAAUGGAACGCUGGGUUUUAGAAGGAGAUAGCUACUCUUUCCUUCGCAGUGCUCCACACACAUUUAACUUGCAGAAUCGCGAAGGGCCAAAUCGUGUAGAGAUAUUUGACAUCACUUCAAUCCCUAGCCAUCGUAAUGCCAUAUCCGAAACAACCUGUCUCUGUGACAUUUUUGGGGAUGAUGGAGAGUCCCAGUCACUUUCCAGUAGCCCAGCCUCUGCUACAUAUGCCAGGAAGGAAAUUGAACAGCCUUUUUCAGCAGAUGAUGCUAAUGACUCAGGAUCUUAUCACACUGCCAAUGGAUCUGACUUAAGCGACAACGCUGAAGUCACCUACAGUACACCCUCUCCAAAGAAUACACAGGAUUUUUGUACAUCAGAGAACAGUAAAACAGAUUCACCGCCACCUGAAUCAACCAUCUUGCCUGGACUUAAUGCAUUUGACUGUAUACCACCUGCACCCAAAGAGAAUGGUAAUGACCUUUCACAUAAAGAUUACUGGGAGGAACCCCAAGUGUCAGUGAGCCCUGCCCCAGUGAAUGAAACAGAUGCAACUGAACCACAUGAUAUUAAUUCAACACCAGAUACUUGUCUUAUUAAUUCAUCAAAGGAAACUUCUAAUCCUACGUCCUGCUCUUCAGAGCAGAAUGAAGCCGCUGUUUUGAAGAAAGAAGUUAACAUAACAACACCUCAACAUACAGGUGCAAGCCCAUUUGAAGAUGAACAAGGCUGCAUAAGUAUAUCUAAGUUUACAAGCUGUGAAGACUUGGCAGAAUCUAAAAUUGAACAAGAUAUUGGAAUGUCUUUAGAGAGCAAAAAAGGUAUAGACUACAAUAAUCCACAAGAAGAAAGAGUUCUUCUUGCACAAAAGAUUGUCAACAGUGGCUCUGCAUCAGAACUGUCAAACACUUCACCUACAGACUGCAUCUCUAUUCAGGAAAUGUCUAUUUCACCUGCAGACCAAGAUAUUUGCUACACACCAGAGCACAGAUUAAGCUCUGUCUCCCCUGACAGCAGAACAAUUAGCUCCACACCUGCAUCCAUAGGUAGAUCUUCACCUGAGCUGCUCGAUUUGUGCUCAACACAAUCAGAGUCUCCACUCUUGGAGAACUCUCAUGGUGCAUCUUCUUCAUCUACAAUUCCUACCAAUGAUGAAGUCAAAAUAGAUUCCACAACUGAAUCUGACAUUUCCACUGAAAGAAGAGGACUUGUGUGUUCAUCCAUGGAUGGUAGAGAAAGACUGGAAUCACCUGGGUUCAAUGAAAUCUGCUCUUCACCUGAACAAUCAGCAUAUACUCACACACCAGUACCAGUAAUAAUUCACUCACCUAUUGGUUACACCAUCAAUGCAUCACCUACAAAUGAAACCACAGUUUCUUCAAGUGAACAUGAAGCCUUAUUGUCGUCUCCGGUCGUCACUAGAACUGAAUACAGUGAUAUCUGCUCCUCUCCUGAUCAUUCAGAAUCCAUCAUUGACUCGCCUCUGGGUUACACCAUCAGCCCAUCACCUACAAAUGAGAGAGAGGUUUAUUCAACUGAGCCUGAAACCUCAAUAUCACCUUGCUGUCACAGUGAUAUCUACUCUACUUCAGAUGUCUCUGUUUCAGCUCACUCACCAGAACCUACAGCAAUUCAUUCACCUAUGGGCUUUACCAUCAGCCCAUCACCCACAAACCAGAGAAUGGUUUAUUCAAUGGAACCUGAUGACCAACUGUCCUCCCCCGCCCUCACAGGUACUGAUUACAUUGCAACACCAAUAUACAGUAGAGAUUCAACACCUGAAUUAAGGAGCAUUACCUCAACUCCAAACAGCGGAGAAAACUAUCUUACACCAGAGCCCACUUCUUCAGCCCCUUCUCCAGAACUGAGCUCAGACACCUGCUUACCUGAAAUCAAAACAGUAUCAUAUAGUAUUCUGCCACUAAAUACAAAAUCCCCUAUGAUUGAAGGCAUCGAUUAUAACAUUUCGCCUAGCAAAGAGUUAGCACAAUCAUCUGCAGUAGAUACAACUGUUUGCAGCAACUCUUCUGUAGCAUCAAAUUCCCCCUUUGAAAAUUAUACCUCUGUUUCACCUAGUUCAAGAAACAUUUUGUCAACACCAGAGAGUAGAUCAAGGCCCUCAUCAAAUGCAUCGGAACAUACUAGAGACACAGGAUUAUCACCUGAGUCUUCGAUGCCUAUUGAGAAGACAGAAAAUCAGCCUUCACCUAUAAUCAUUGAGGGAAUCAAUCCACCUUCUCAUAGCCCAAUAGAUAGUCAUCAUUUAAAUGACCAUGUUGAAGCAGACACAUUCAAAAGCAGCACAUCUGUCCAGGAUGAAUAUACAGGUGGUGGACCAGAAGUUCUUAGCCUACUAGAGAAGUUGGAAGAUUCUUCAUGUGAACUCUCGGAUUCUGCAUUGUCCACAGUAAGUAUUGAUAAAAAUCAGGAAAUUGUUACUGACAACACAACGUCUGUAUCUGUCUGUGGAACAUCAGCUUCUCUGAGUCCAUCUGAUGCAAUAACAUUGGCAUCUGUGGAGGAGAAACAAUACCAUUGUAAUAUUGAUGAUCACGACAAGAGAAUUGAAACAUUAAAAAAUGAUUCCCCAAGUAGUAACCAAGUGACUGCAGAAAUUAGAGAAAUGCUAGUGGUUAUCAAUAGGGACAAUGUUGGUGAAUUUGACAGCAAGGAAAAGGUGGAGAGUGGAAAGAGGGAGGGAGAAGGGGAGGAGACUAUGGGAGACAGUAGUUACAGAGGGGAACAGGUUGAGCUGUCAUUCAGUGCCAGGAAUAGAAAAGGGCAUGCAGACUACAGCCCAGCUCUCUCAAGUCGAGACCCAAAGUCGGGAAUUCCAGCUCGCUGUUAUUUUGAGUCACCCCCAACAACUCUCCAGCAACAGAGUCAGCUCAGAGCUAGGGGCUCACAUCAAGAGAACAAGAGUGGCGCCAGGAGUCUCCGGUCAGCUGCUGUCCAGGGUAAAUACAGAGGUACAGGCUUUUUUCCUCCUGAAUGUACUGGCGAGAACUCCAUCAUGGGAAGUGAGUUUGAUGAAACAGACAAUGAAGUGAAGUGGUUUACAGAUCUGGCCUUCAGAAGCCUGUCUAGCCCUCAGGUGGAUUAUUUGGAUGUGUACAACUCAAGCCAUAGGUCAUCAACGAAUGUUUCUCAGCCAUCAACUGUAGACAGCCCUGGUGCUGUUGCGUGGAUGAGCUAUGCAGAUUUACGUGGUUCAGUGUUACAUGAAAAUAAUAGCUAUGCUUUUUUACCUCGUGAUGGCCUGGACCCAAACAAACACUUUGAAAUGGGAAAUUUUGAAUGUGUGGAUGUUGCUUUAGAGAGCAAGGAAGAAUCCAAUAAAGGAAAGAGGACUGUACCAAAAAGACAGAUUCAGCUCUUAAGGCGGAACACAGACGAAGCAAAACCAAAUGGGAAUACUGAAAAUGUUUCUACUUCACCCUCUACACACAGACACUCAAGAGACACAAUUGUUCGUCAACACAGCACACCGGUUUUUGUUCAAGAGAAGGUUUUCAGGGAGGUCCCAAAUUCACCACAAAGUGACAGGAAAAGAACAUUGCAGAAAUCGGUGUCUUUAGAUGAUGGCUCCCCUAAGACGCAAAUGGCAUCCUGCAUUAUCAAGAGUGUGUUGUCUAAGAGAAUGCAGGAUGUGCAGAAAGCUACACCAAAAAGUUCAGAACCAAGUUUUUCUGGAGAUAAAAACAACCAUGAUGAUAUUAGCCCCAGCUCUUUUGAUGACGUACCAAUUAAUACAGAGAAGCAUAGCUUAAGCUCUAGCCAGCUUUCAGAAUGCACUCUUUUAUCUGAAGAAUUUGUUAUCAGAGAAGAGAGAAUUCCACAUCAGGUUAAGAAGUGUGCCCCAAAAGUUCCUCCAAAACCUUUGUUCAGACCCGCCUUCCUUAACACAGAUGAAGCUCUGAUUGCUGACAAUUUCACAAAUGAAGAAACAAAGCCUAUAGUGGCCUCUCCACCAGCUGAUGAAAAAGUACUCGUGAAACACAACAAUAAGGCGGAUGGAAGGGAGGGAGGAGGUGACAACCAUGUAGAGGAAAACAAUAGUGACUCAGCAAAUGCCAGCGUCAGGAACUCAAGUCCUGCUACUGCCACUCCAGCAAUAAGCAUGCAGAACAAAAUAACAAACAGAGACAAAAAGCAUCAGAUGACAACAGAAAACCAGGAACAGCUGGCUCCAAAGAGUGUAUUUAUGUCAAAAACACCAGAAAUUACUUUGAAACCUUCCUCUAUCAAAGGAAAAAAGACUUCUUUGAAAGUGUCUUUAUCCCCUGAUCUGGAACAAUCCAGAGAAAUAUCUGAAACUACUUCAGUGGAGAAAGCUCCAGAAGAUAUGAGCACUAGAUGUACAAAAGCCAUGGAGAUGGAAGAAGUUGAUGACAUCAACAAAAAAUCUGUUAUACACAAAGUUAGGGAUGUAAGAAAGUUAGUAAAAAACACAUACAACCUGUCUUUCACAGCGUCGAAUUCAACCUCUACUGCAGAAGAAAUUGUCGUUCAAGAGAAAAAAGAAAAGCCACCACAAACUCCUCCAGCCUUGCACAUUGAAUGUAAAGCCAUCAGUUGGAAGGACAAACAAACACCAUGCAGCAAAGCAAUCCAGUGGCAUGAUGAAAAACAGCCUGUUGACAUAUCAAAAAUAUCACAACCACGAGUGGGUGCAGAGACCAGAAGAGAUGCUGACAUCACUGAAAUACCUUCCAAAGUCACAUCACUAGAUACUGAGCCACAACAAAAAACUGCAGAUUCCCUCUCUGCAACCAUAGAUGCAUCAGAAUCUAUAACUAAGAGACCUUAUGUUUACUGUGAUCAAAGUGCCAAGAUGCCCCCUAGACCCCCUAGCAAGGAGAGGGAAGUUUCUGCUGUGGUGGUUUUGCCAAAUAUCACACCCAAGGCAAAGACAUUUGACACUUCAAUCCCUGCCUCCAUUCAAAUGAAAGGUACAAACAGCAGCCAUUCUGUAUCAAUGCUACUGAAAGAGAAAGGGAUGCAGGCUGAUAUUGGAGUUUGUGACGUCCAUAGUGAGGGUGCAAGUUCUAGAGCUAAACAUAUUAAUAGACUUGAGGUACCUGUACAAGCCUGUUUAUCAGAAGGCAUUUUAAAUGAAGCUCAAGUAAGGGCAGACAACAGUGCAGUGCCUUGCAAUUCAUCAGUUUUAGUCAAUAAUUAUUCAAGGACAGCCAGACAAAGUGAGAGUCCCAAAGGAACACUGUCCGAAGAAUCUUCGACAAAGGAACAAGAAAAAAAGAAAAUUACCACAACUGUAACAAAAAUUCCAACUUAUCUUGCUACAUCUGGCAAGCCAGAGGUGAGAUCUUUUUCAAGUAAUACAAAAAAUAAUGCUACAACAACGAACACAUCAAAAGAGAUUGAACUACCUAUACAAGUGAGGUCAGUAUCCACUGAUAAGGUAAAGCCAUUUGUAACACCAAAACUCAGCUGUAAACAAUCAUUUGCAGAAAUUAAGUCAGUGUCAAGUGAUCCACCAAAAGCAGAAAAACAAGCAUCAUCUGUCAUUAAACAGCAAACCAGAUUAUGUAGUGACUCUAAGAAAAUUGAAUCUCAAUCAACACUCAUACACAAGGAUCAAUCACAUGAUGCUUCAUCAAAAGAUACAAAAAGACUCGCUGUAUCAGCUAUAUCAAGCUACAAACCACCAACAACUACAAGUACUGUGCAGAAAUCUACUACAGUGACAUUGGCCAGUCCGGUUCAUCAGCAAUCAUCUGCUGAUUUGCAAACCACCAGCACUUGCCAACAACAGGCCUCAUCGUUCAAUCAAGAUCACUCAGUGCUAGAUGGUUCCUUUGCUUCUAACCAAUCCGGAUCGCAAAUCCUUGGUGACCCACAAUCUGUGGCAAGAGCGUCAUCUAAUAAUCGUUUUCACACAGAUGACUAUCUUUUCUAUGCAUCAGAUGAUCCCCCCAGUUAUGAUGAGCGAGAGAGUUUCAGCCCGCUACGAGUGUCAGAUUUGCUGCCACAAAGGCCAUGCAAGUAUCAUCCAUCCACUAAGCAAUCUCCAUGCUCCUGCCCACAAGGACCCCAAUCACAUCAAGGACAUACCCACCACAGUCCACUGGAACGAGUACCAGUAGCCUCUAGGUCUCCAGGCCAAGUCCAAACCUGUCCAGGUGCUCCCCCACAAGCUCAAGUUCGUCCUCAUCAGUGCAGACCAGAUGGUCUACCAGUCUCCAAUACUACAGUACCCCAUGCCUCAGCUAUGAUUCAGCCCCUGCACAACCCACGAGCUUGCCCUGUUUCAAAUUCACAAUCCUAUGUUAAUGAACAGCCACCAACUUCUGGACUGCAUGCAGAGAGGCGACCAGCUAAUCAUCCUUCACCUAAAGCUGCAGCUCCUGCUUCCUAUCAUGAGUACUCUCAUUCGAGUAACAUGUCUGCCGUGGAUCCCAGGUCUCAGUUAUUUAAUCCACAAGAUUUGCCACCAUCUUUUGGUCAUGAUUAUGCAAAUGAAGGUCCAGGUGGAGCAGGCGUGUUAUAUCCAGAAAAUGCAAGUGGGCUCAGCUGUGGCCAAGGUCCUCGUCGUGUCCUCCUUGAUCCUGAGACUGGUAAAUACUUCUACAUUGAGGUUCCAAUGCAGCCACUCAGAAAAAUGCUAUUUGAUCCUGAAUUGGGACAGUAUGUGGAAGUUCUCAUACCACAGCAGACAAUGUCCCACUCAGGGUUGUACCCACCAGCUGUACCACCUUACUCUUCUUUGCACAAUCCUGGGUUGUAUGCACCACAGUACCUACCUUAUGCAAUGCCAUCUUUCCCAGCAAUUCCAGGCAAUGUCCAGCAAGUUCGCCAUCCUGAACCACCACCUGUCCCAACAACACUUCACCAGACUGCCUUAAGGUAUGGAAGCCCUGGGGGCCAGAUGCCAAAAAAUGAAGCAAAAGGCCACUCGUUGCUGGAUCAGGGCUAUCUAGAAAGCAUGUAUUACAUGCCAACUGGAAUGAAUGCAAGCCCAAAUUCAACAGCUUCAGACUGUUACCACAAACCAUCUUCAAGCAUGCCUCCUUCAGGGGGAAGAAGAGCAUGAAACGGCAGCAGAUACAUUUAUAAUCAUUUUUUCUGUUUGAUCUUUUCCUAAAAUUUGAUAUAACAUUGUUGUCUUUCAGUAAUAUAAUUUCACUAUCAUUUAUAUCACCUCACCUUCCCUGUAUAGGCCAAGCUUAUUCAGUGAUGGGCCUUAUUUUUUAAAUAGCUCUCAUUGUUCAAUCAACAAUGUUUUCCUUGAACACCCUUAAAAG